ACGCUGCGGGGCGGGCGGACAGACUGCGGGGCGGACAGUGGACGCCGGGACGCCGUGUUAGGUCUGGCCCCCACCGCCCGGGACCCCCCGCCGUCGUCGCCACCAUGACGGGGCUAGCGCUGCUGUACUCCGGGGUCUUCGUGGCCUUCUGGGCCUGCAUGGUCGUCGUGGGAAUCUGCUACACCAUUUUUGACUUGGGCUUCCGCUUUGAUGUGGCAUGGUUCCUGACGGAAACCUCCCCCUUCAUGUGGUCGAACCUGGGCAUUGGCCUAGCUAUCUCUCUGUCCGUGGUUGGGGCAGCAUGGGGCAUCUAUAUUACGGGCUCAUCCAUCAUUGGGGGAGGGGUGAAGGCCCCUAGGAUCAAGACCAAGAAUCUGGUCAGCAUCAUCUUCUGUGAGGCUGUGGCCAUCUAUGGCAUCAUCAUGGCAAUUGUCAUUAGCAACAUGGCUGAGCCUUUCACUGCCACUGACCCCCAGGCCAUUGGCCAUCGAAACUACCAUGCAGGCUACUCCAUGUUUGGGGCUGGCCUCACAGUGGGCUUGUCUAACCUCUUCUGUGGAGUCUGUGUGGGCAUCGUGGGCAGUGGAGCCGCCCUGGCUGACGCACAGAACCCCAGCCUCUUUGUGAAGAUUCUCAUCGUGGAGAUCUUUGGCAGCGCCAUCGGCCUCUUUGGGGUCAUCGUUGCAAUCCUUCAGACCUCCAGAGUGAAGAUGGGUGACUAGAUGAUCUGUGUGGGUGGGGCCGUGCCCUACUCUUAUUUAUUUGUGGUUUCCCCAGGACAGCUGGAGCUGUGCCAUUUAGCCUGUCAGGGGGGCUUGGUGUUCAGGGCCCUCCCUGGACUCAGUCUUUGCUGCCUGUUGACUUGGAGGCACUGCCUGGCUGGAUCCUCAUUGUGGAAAGUGGGCCCCUGAUGAUUGUGCAGCUGUAUCCCACCUCCACCCCCAGCUCAUCUUCCCAGUGUUUGUGAAAUAAACAUGGUAUUUGUCUGGGUCA